GGAGAGAGGUAGAGAGAGAGCGAGAGCGAGAGAGCUAGGACGCGGGGCUGGAGAGCGAACGAGAAGCCACUGCAAGUCCCCCACCUCAACCACCCAGGUUGGGGUCUGCCCAGGUCUGCUCUAUGGAGUAGUGUGGGUGGCAGGCUCCUGUCUGUCUCUGCCCUGCUGCCCGCUUUCUUCCCUCCCCUCCCUGCAUCCCUCCCCCAAGGUGCACUAAGGGGCUGGAGGCUCCCAGGGGGGAGUAAUCGCCUGGCCCUGCCCUGCCCUACACCGCACCAUACCAUGACCCUCCUGCUGCUGCCCCUCUUGCUGGCCUCCCUACUUCCCUUCAGCUCCUGUAACAAAGCCAACAAGCACAAGCCAUGGAUUGAGGCAGAAUACCAGGGCAUCGUCAUGGAGAACGAUAACACGGUCCUGCUGAACCCCCCACUCUUUGCCUUGGACAAGGAUGCCCCCCUGCGCUAUGCAGGUGAGAUCUGUGGCUUCCGGCUCCACGGGUCUGGGGUGCCCUUUGAGGCUGUGAUUCUGGACAAAGCAACAGGAGAAGGACUGAUUCGGGCCAAGGAGCCAGUGGACUGUGAGGCCCAGAAGGAGCAUACCUUCACCAUCCAGGCCUAUGACUGUGGCGAGGGCCCUGAUGGAGCCAACACCAAGAAGUCCCACAAGGCAACCGUGCAUGUGCGGGUCAAUGAUGUGAACGAGUUUGCCCCUGUGUUUGUGGAGCGGCUGUACCGAGCUGCAGUGACAGAGGGGAAGCUGUAUGACCGCAUCCUGCGGGUGGAAGCCAUUGAUGGUGACUGCUCCCCCCAGUACAGCCAGAUCUGCUACUACGAGAUCCUGACGCCCAACACACCCUUCCUCAUCGACAAUGAUGGGAACAUUGAGAACACAGAGAAGCUGCAGUACAGUGGUGAGAAACUCUACAAGUUUACAGUGACAGCUUAUGACUGUGGGAAGAAGCGGGCGGCAGAUGACGCCCAGGUGGAGAUCCAGGUGAAGCCCACCUGUAAACCCAGCUGGCAAGGCUGGAACAAAAGAAUUGAAUAUGCACCAGGGGCUGGGAGCUUGGCUUUGUUCCCUGGUAUCCGCCUGGAGACCUGUGAUGAACCUCUCUGGAAUAUUCAGGCCACCAUAGAGCUGCAGACCAGCCAUGUGGCCAAGGGCUGCGACCGAGACAACUACUCGGAGCGGGCACUGCGGAAACUCUGCGGUGCUGCCACUGGGGAGGUGGAUCUGUUGCCCAUGCCUGGCCCCAAUGCCAACUGGACAGCGGGACUCUCAGUGCACUACAGCCAGGACAGCAGCCUUAUCUACUGGUUCAAUGGCACUCAAGCUGUGCAGGUGCCCGUGGGUGGCACAGCUGGGCUGGGCUCUGGGCCCCAGGACAGCCUCAGUGACCACUUUACCUUGUCCUUCUGGAUGAAGCAUGGUGUAACUCCCAACAAGGGCAAGAAGGAAGAGGAAACCAUCGUGUGUAACACUGUGCAGAAUGAGGACGGCUUCUCUCACUACUCACUGACGGUCCAUGGCUGCAGAAUUGCCUUCCUCUACUGGCCUCUGCUUGAGAGUGCCCGCCCAGUCAAAUUCCUCUGGAAGCUGGAGCAGGUCUGUGACGAUGAGUGGCACCACUAUGCUUUGAACCUGGAGUUCCCCACAGUCACACUCUAUGCUGAUGGCAUCUCCUUUGACCCUGCCCUCAUCCACGACAAUGGUCUCAUCCACCCACCCCGAAGGGAACCUGCUCUCAUGAUCGGGGCCUGCUGGACUGAGGAGAAGAACAAGGAGAAGGAAAAAGGAGGAGACAACAGUACGGACACCACACAAGGAGACCCCUUGCAGAUCCACCACUACUUCCACGGCUACCUGGCUGGUUUCAGCGUACGCUCAGGCCGCCUGGAGAGCCGCGAGGUCAUCGAGUGCCUCUAUGCAUGUCGGGAGGGGCUGGACUAUAGGGAUUUCGAGAGCCUGGGCAAAGGCAUGAAGGUCCACGUGAACCCCUCGCAGUCCCUGCUCACCCUGGAGGGGGAUGAUGUGGAGACCUUCAACCAUGCCCUGCAGCAUGUGGCUUACAUGAACACUCUGCGCUUUGCCACGCCUGGCGUCAGGCCCCUGCGCCUCACCACUGCCGUCAAGUGCUUCAGUGAAGAAUCCUGCGUCUCCAUCCCUGAAGUGGAAGGCUACGUGGUGGUCCUCCAGCCUGAUGCUCCCCAAAUCCUGUUGAGUGGCACUGCUCACUUUGCCCGCCCAGCCGUGGACUUCGAGGGAUCUGAGGGGGUCGCUUUGUUCCCAGAUCUUCAAAUCACUUGCUCCAUUUCUCACCAGGUGGAAGCCAAAAAGGAUGAGAGUUGGCAGGGCACAGUGACAGACACACGCAUGUCAGACGAGAUCGUGCAUAACCUGGAUGGCUGUGAGAUUUCUCUGGUGGGGGAUGACCUGGACCCGGAGCGGGAAAGCCUGCUCUUAGACAUGGCAUCCUUGCAACAGCGAGGCCUGGAGCUCACCAAUACGUCAGCCUACCUCACCAUUGCUGGGGUGGAGAGCAUCACUGUGUAUGAAGAGAUCCUGAGGCAGGCGCGAUAUCGGCUGCGCCACGGAGCUGCCCUCUACGCCAGAAAGUUCCGGCUUUCCUGCUCAGAAAUGAAUGGUCGUUACUCCAGCAAUGAAUUCAUUGUGGAGGUCAACGUCCUGCACAGCAUGAACCGGGUUGCUCACCCCAGCCAUGUGCUCAGCUCCCAGCAGUUCCUGCACCGUGGUCACCAGCCACCUCCUGAGAUGGCUGGACACAGCUUGGCCAGCUCCCACCGAAACUCCAUGGUCCCCAGUGCAGCGACUCUCAUCAUUGUGGUAUGCGUGGGCUUCCUGGUGCUCAUGGUCAUCCUGGGCCUGGUGAGAAUCCACUCCCUUCACCGCCGGGUCUCAGGAGCCGGCGGCCCCCCGGGGGCCUCCAGUGACCCCAAGGACCCGGACCUCUUCUGGGAUGACUCCGCUCUCACCAUUAUUGUGAACCCCAUGGAGUCCUACCAGAAUCGGCAAGCCUGUGGGGUGGGGCCUGCCGGUGGCCAGCAGGAAGAUGAGGACAGCAGUGACUCAGAGGCAGCUGACUCGCCCAGCAGCGAUGAGAGACGCAUCAUUGAGACCCCCCCACACCGCUACUAAAGCCUACACCCCUCCCCAAACAGAGAAAGAAUUCUGCCCUGGUGAGGCAGAGACACCCCCAGAAAAGAGAGAAGGACAUUCUGAGAGAAGAGGGACCAAGAGGGAGAGAGCUUGAGUCAUCCUUUAAUUUCAAAACCCAGUGGGUCCCAUUGGAGUCUGCCCUCGUCAGUCCCCAGCCCGCCUCCCUCCCAUGCCUCUGGGCUCCUAUUCUCCCAGUGUGGAUGACGCUGGCUGCCUUUUCUGCCUCUCAGGGCAGCCUUCUCCUAGCUCACCUGUGUCUCUGUCUCUCCCCCCACCAACCAGGCUCUCUAUGGGUUGGGGGGAGGCGAGGGGGUGUCAGUAGCAAUGGCAGCAGCCAAGGAUGGGAUUGAAGGAACCCCCUGCCUUUCCCUACUCUCCUCUCCGUGAGGCCUUCCUCCCCCAGCUCCCUCCGACAGGGCCUUCCUGCUUCUCUGAUGAUCUCCCGCCUCUCCAUCUCACUCUGGGGAUCCCUGCUCCUUCCCCAUGCCCCCUUUCCUUCCUUUGUUGUCCUCUUUCCCCUCCUGUCCCGGCCUGAGGUCCUGCAGCCCCUGCCCCUUCCUACAUGACUUGGUCAUGGUUAGGUUGUGGGGGGUGGGAGUGGGAGUAGGGGCCCCGGUGUAUUAUAUAUAAUGUAUAUUUUUUCAUGUUGUCGUGAGCACAGCCCCUGUGUUCCAUGUGCAGCUCACAGCCUUGUGUGUGCGUGUGGCAUCGUCAUGUCCUGGGGUGGGGGUAGGGGAUUGGUGUGGUGAGGGAGGGGACACACCUGAGGGUUUUCAA